AUGGGUCAUGAAAAUGCAACAUCCUGGACAGAGUUUCAUCUUGUGGGGCUUCUGCAUCUAAGGACCCCCACCUUAUUUUUUAGCAUUGUUCUGUUUAUGGCUUUCAUUGCUCUGCUGGGGAACUGUCUCCUGCUGCUCCUAAUCCAAAUGGACUCCUCCCUUCAUACGCCAAUGUACUUUUUCCUUAGUCAACUGUCCUGCAUGGAUAUGGGCCAGAUCCUCAUUGUAGUCCCUAAAAUGUCUGCAAACUUUUUAACGCAGAGGAGCACUAUUUCGCUCGGCGGUUGUGUGGCCCAGAUCUUCCUCACUCUGACCAUGGGGAGCUCAGAGAGCCUGGUCCUGGCCGUCAUGUCUUACGACAGGUACGUGGCGAUCUGCAGGCCCUUGCAGUACCCAAUCCUUAUGCGGAGAACCAUCUGCCUCAUCAUGACUGUUGGGAUCUGGUCUACGGCAUCACUGACCAUCAUGGUCAUUGCGAUUUACAUCCACUCUCUGCCGUACUGUGGCUCAAACGUGAUUGACCAUUUCGUGUGUGAGUUCCCGGCUUUGCUGAAGCUGUCCUGCGCUGACACCUCUGCCUUUGAGAUCGUGGUAUACCUUGACAAUGUGGUCCUACUCCUCUUCCCCAUCUCAGUCAUUGUUUCCUCUUACGUCGCCAUUCUGGUGCAAGUCUUGAGGAUGCGCUCGACCGAGGGAAGGCACAAGGCUUUAGGGACUUGCCUGUCCCACUUCUGUGUUGUGGGCAUAUUCAUUGGGGCAUCUAUGCUGACCUACACCGCCCCUAUGAACUCUUACUCAGCGCAAAGGGCCAUGAUCUACUCGGUCUGCAUUACUGUCGUCCCCCCAAUGCUCAACCCUUUUAUUUACAGCUUGCGCAACAGGGAUGUCCUAGCAGCUCUGCGGAAGCUCUUUGUGAAAUGCGCAGCGUAUUAA